AGUUGUUCAUUAUUUCUUUGAAAGUAAUCCAAUACAUCCUAUCGUGUUGAUUCAAGUAAAAAAGAUCCAUCCGGUGCUGAUGACUACAAGUUUGUGAAGUUUAAAUGCACUUUUGGAAGUCAUCGUGCUCCCCGAGGUGCUGGCUUUAGGAACAGAGGGUUCAAAAGUACAUCAUAUCAGUCAAUAAUUCUAGUCCAGCGGAAAUCCAACGUAUACAUGAUAACCAAGUACAAAACUGUGCAUAACCAUCCCUGCACAGCAAGUUUCAUGUCCACCGAUGUAUCUAGACGUCGGUUAUCAUCACAAGAAAUGGCAAUUAUCCAACCGUUCAUUGAAAGGAAUACUGAUGUCCAUGAAAUCAUGGAUCUAGCACAUGAGAAGUUCGGAAAAGCGCUCCUGUAUAACGAUAUUAAAAACAUGCGGGCUAAGAUAAAUAAACAAAUUGGUUGUUUGGAAGAGCUGCUUCAUCGACUGAGGCAGACAGGUCCAGUUAAAGUUUUGCAGGACAACGCAGGCUUUGUAUCUAAAAUCAUUUUUGCUCGUAAUGAUAUGAUAGACGUGUAUCAUAAGUUUCCAGAAGUAGUUGGAAUCGAUUGUACUUACAAAACGAAUAAGAUGGGAUGGCCUUUAUAUCAGUUUGUUGUGACUGAUGGAUUCGGAAGAGGAAGGACUGUUUUGUUUGCUCUUACUAGGAGAGAAACGUUUGCAGAUAUCAAGGAGAUAUUGCAAACGUUUAAGAGAUUUAUGGUGGAUACAUCGAAAACAUUAACAUUCACUGUCGACUGUGCAACUGCACAGAUGAAAGCCCUAAAGGAGGA